GAGCACUAAGCCUAGCCUCUCCUCUCUGUCAUCCCCAGUCAGAUUUAGCUGCUGACAGCUGCUUGGGACUCUGUCACCGGGCCCUGGCCUGAUCGCCACCUUUCCUCUCUCCCAGUGACUCCCUGAGCCACAGAUCCUCCAUGGCCCAGAAGGAAGAGGCUGCUGCAGCCCCUGAACCUGCCUCCCAGAAUGGGGAGGACCAGGACAACCUGGACGACCCUGCCAGACUGAAAGAGUUGAUUGAGCUGCCACCCUUUGAGAUCGUCAAAGGGGAGAGACUGCCUGUCAACUACUUUAAGUUUCAGUUCCGCAACGUGGAGUACAGUUCUGGGAGGAAUAAGACCUUCCUCUGCUAUGUGAUUGAAGUGCAGAACAAAGGAGGCCAAGUGCAAGCAUCCCGAGGUUAUCUAGAGGAUGAGCAUGCCACUGCGCACGCUGAGGAAGCCUUUUUCAACACUGUCCUGCCGGCUUUCGAUCCAGCCCUGCAGUACAACGUGACCUGGUACGUAUCCUCCAGCCCCUGUGCAGCAUGUGCCGACCGCAUUAUCAAAACCCUUGUCAAGACCAAGAACCUGCGUCUGCUCAUUCUGGUGGGGCGACUCUUCAUGUGGGAGGAACCUGAGAUCCAGGAAGCUCUGAGGAAGCUGAAGGAAGCUGGCUGCAGACUGCGGAUAAUGAAGCCCCAGGACUUCGAAUACAUCUGGCAGAACUUUGUGGAGCAAGAGGAAGGUGAAUCCAAGGCCUUUCAGCCCUGGGAGGACAUUCAGGAGAACUUCCUGUACUAUGAGGAGAAGUUGUUGGAGAUCCUGAAGUAGGUGCAGCCUUAUGGUACUUGGAUAUUUAGAAGUUACUAUGAACAAGAAGCAAGUCCCAGGAACAGAGCUCUCCCUGGCUAUGGCCCUAUAAAAUGGGAAGGAGGCUUUGAAUAGGACAUGUCUAGGCAACACAAUGCAGACUUCCCACCCCAAUCCUGACCAUCUUAAGAUUUUUUUUUUUGCUGAGAAUACUUGUAUCUUUUGCCUUCUCUGAAGAUAAGAAGUAUGACUGGGGGGGGGGGGGGAGCAAGGGAAAUCUGUUUAUAAGGUACUGUCAUAAAGUAAUUCACCUUUUAACAGAUAGAAUAAGAAAUAGGGCAGCAAUGUUCACAUACAUAUAAUGUGAGAGAAGUCAGUAAGUUAUACUUUGAUGGUGAUGGCAGGAUGAUGUUUAAAGUUGCAUUUCUUCAAAGGUUGGCUG